AUGUCGAACAGGCCGCAUUCUAAGUCACGUAUUAAAGUGUGUAAUAAAUCUGUGUUUCAUCUUCAAGAUAAAAAGGCAGACGAGAAUGAAUUAUCAGUUGGUUUGAUUAAAUCUGCGAAGAGGACAGGCCAACUCAGUUUAUGCAACAGGGGACUGGGGACGGUGCCGGAUAAUGUUUGGAAAAUUGAUGAGUUGAUUUUAGAUGAGAGCAAAGAUGUGGACUUCACGAGGCCUGAUUCCAACAAGUGGUGGACUGCAGAGCCUUUGAAGACCCUUGACCUUAGCUCCAAUGUUAUUAAAGUUAUAUCUGGCAAUGUCAAGUAUCUGCAACACCUCGUCAAUCUCAAGCUACAUGAUAAUGCAAUAUCUAGUCUUCCGCCAGAGUUUGGUGAGCUAAAGAAUUUGAUGACCUUAAGUUUAGCGCACAAUAAACUGACAGCACUCCCCAAAGAGUUUUAUAAGUUAACUGAAUUACGCUGGCUGAGCAUAUCGCACAAUGAGAUUUCGAAAAUAGAAGCUGACUUUGGAGAUUUUGUUAUGCUGACCUUUUUGGACUUAUCGCACAAUAAACUGACGAUACUACCUCCAGGUAUGGGGUAUUUGGUGAGAUUAGUAGAAAUUAAUCUGUCGCAUAAUCACUUGGAAGAGCUUCCUCCUGAUAUUGUUAACCUCAGAGAUCUGAGAAAAAUGAAUAUUAGCAACAACAAUCUGAAGAAGUUACCGCCACUAGGCGAACUGAGAAAGAUGGAAGUACUGGAUGCGAAUCAUAACGACAUUGAAGAACUACCCGACUUUUACGGCUGCGCAGCCCUUAAAGAAUUAUAUAUGGCCAAUAAUUAUAUUAAGGAGAUAACAGAGGAGUUCUGUGAUCAGAUGCAGCAUUUGAAUGUGUUGAACAUCAGGGACAACAAAUUAGAAGUGUUGCCUGAGAACAUCUCACUACUGCAGAAACUGAAGAGGCUGGACCUCACUAACAAUAAUUUAAAUAAGUUACCAAGGAACCUGGGCUUGUUAUCUCAGUUGCAAAGCAUCAACAUGGAGGGCAACAAGUUGUCGUUUGUGAGGCAGGACGUGAUCAGAGGAGGGACGGAGAGGAUGAUGAAGUAUCUCAGAGACCGCAUCACUGAUGAAGUCGUCAGUGAGACCAGGCUUACUCCUGAGGAAUGGCCUGAUAAAUAUACUCUAAAGAAAAGUCAAGCUUUAAUGGUGCCUGGUCGGGAACUGUCGAACGUACCGGACCAUGUGUUCAAAGCUGCGGCCGAAGCAGAAGUACAUAUUGUCGACUUCUCUAAAAACAAACUCACUGAAGUACCCCGUGGCUUAGUGCAAGUGAGUGACACCCUGUCCUCGCUAGUGUUGGCGUCGAACAACUUGUCGAACAUCCCCGCCGACAUCAACCGAUGCAGACACUUGCAAUACUUGGACCUCGGCAAGAACCUCCUCAUGGAACUACCGCCGGAACUCGGCGACUUGAACAACUUGCGAGAACUAGUCAUUUCUAAUAAUAAGUUCACGAAGAUACCCCGGUGUGUGUACCAGCUGGAUAACUUGGAGAUACUGUUGGCGGCCGAGAACAAGAUCGACGAGAUCAACGUGUCGUCCGACGCACUCGCGCGGCUCAAGAAGUUGGCCGUGCUCGACCUCACCAAUAACAACAUCUUCACCGUGCCCCCGGAACUGGGACACUUCACACAUCUCAGAACCCUGGAGUUGAUGGGGAACUGUUUCCGACAGCCACGGCACGCUAUACUCGCUAAGGGCACCGCCUCCGUGCUCUCCUACCUAAGGGACCGCAUACCCACCAAUUAG